AUGAAAGCAACCUGCAAGAGUAUGGAGGUCUACACAGCAGCACAAACAUUAUACUGGGUAGGACAUAUUGGUGUAACCAUUGCCCAAUAUGCUCCAAAAGGAUGGGCCAGUGGAUACAUCAUAGCAAUGGAAGUUCUUGGUGUCGCCUGUAUCCCGGCUUUCUACUACUGGGAGCUAUUUCUUUCUCCGGUACAAAUUCUUCCGUGGAAGUACUUGAAAGAACCGACAAUAAUCGGGUCUAGUCUUUUAUACUGCUUUAUGUUCGCAUCAUACGACGUUUGGAAUGCCUACUUCGGCUCUUUCCUUCAAGUUGUGAAAAGACUCGACAUCACAUCGUCAAGCUACGUGGUUUCCAUUGUCUCGCUUACAUCCUUCGUUUUCAGUCCUAUAAUAGGCUUACUUAUUCGGGUUGCCGGUGAAUUUAAAUGGACAGCCAUGGCAGGAAUCCCAAUCUUUCUUCUCGGAACAGCUCUCCUCAUCCCAUUCCGCGAACCAGACACCGAUCUAGGCCUCAUAAUAAUGACCCAAAUAUUCGUCGGGCUAGGCUCCUGCAUAUUCUCAGCCUGUGGCCAGCUAGCCGUCAUGGCUGUGGUUACGCACCAAGAGAUAGCUAUCGUUUUAGCUAUCUGGGCCUUGUUCGGCUCUAUUGGUGCUUCUGUUGGAUAUGCUAUUGCCGGUGACAUGUGGCAUGUGGAACAAUAUUCUUGA